UUAGCUUCUCAUCCACAUCUCUCUCUCUCUCUCUCUCUCUUUGCUUCAUAGUUUUAUCAGUAGGAAUUUGUUUGGUUUCAUUUACUCUCAUAUGUAUGGCUUUAUUUGUAUUGAUUCCUUGGUUGUUUUAGCAUCUUUUAAUGUCCUCCAAACAUGAAUUAAGGAUAGAUUGAUGUUGUUGGACUGCAACCUAAGCUCAUCAAAACUAUUUCUUUUUUCCUUUUUUUUUUUUUUUUUUUUUUUUUUUUUUUUUUAGUUAAUAAUUUUCUAUUACCAGUUUCUAGCUUAUUUCUAGGGUUUGAUAUCUCAAGAAACUACACAUAUGCAACCAGAUUUGAUUGCUUCCAUUAUAUUGUUUUCUUGAAAUAUAUUUAUAUUUAGAUAUAUAUAUAUAUAUAUAUACCCAAGAUAGAUAUUUUAUAUUGCAAGAAUAUGAUUAAGGCAGUGCAGCUAGUUGAUGACAGCAUGUCAAACUUAACAUCUGCAUCUAAUGAUAAUGCAAUUAGCAUUUCUUCAACCCAACAACCUAGUAAUACCAAUCAAGCUGUCAAGAGGAAGAGAAACCAAGCAGGAAACCCAGACCCGGAGGCAGAAGUAGUGGCAUUGUCACCGAACACACUGUUUGCGACGAACCGGUUCGUGUGUGAGAUAUGCAACAAGGGGUUUCAGAGGGACCAGAACCUGCAGCUGCACAGGAGAGGGCACAAUCUGCCAUGGAAGCUGAAGCAAAGGAACAAGGAUGAGGUGGUGAAGAGGAAGGUGUAUGUGUGCCCAGAGGCAUCAUGUGUGCACCAUGACCCUGCGAGGGCCCUGGGAGACCUCACAGGAAUCAAGAAACAUUAUAGCAGGAAACAUGGGGAGAAGAAGUGGAAGUGUGACAAGUGUUCUAAGAGAUAUGCUGUUCAGUCUGACUGGAAAGCUCACUCCAAGAUUUGUGGCACCAGAGAGUAUAGAUGUGAUUGUGGAACCCUUUUCUCCAGGAGGGACAGCUUCAUAACCCACAGAGCUUUCUGUGAUGCCUUAGCUGAAGAGAGUGCAAUAAGGUCAUCAUCCCUCACUCCCCUACCCAACGCCCUCUUCUCCACCCAACCGCCGCCGCCGCUCUCGGCCACCGCCACCUCUCUCCAGGCUCUACAGAACCUCCAAGCUACUUUCAACCACCUCCGGCAGCCGGCAGAGAUACCACCAUGGCUAGCCUGUCCACCACCACCACCGCCACCAACACUCAAGGCCACUGGGCCCACACAGCUCUUGGAAAACCCUAAUAACCCUAGCACGCUUCUUGUGUCACCGCCUCACAUGAGCGCAACCGCACUGCUCCAAAAGGCGGCCCAACUGGGAGUGACAAGCAACAACACAAUUAACUCGACUGGUAGUCUUAUCAGACCCCACCACCAUCACCAAAACCAAAUUCAUCACAUGAUGGGCACUGCUGCUGCUGGGUUUUUCAGCUCACGUGAGGAGGAGUUGGCAUCAUCUUAUGGAACAAACAAACCUGCGGCGGGUCAUGCUAGCCUCACCCCUGGUUGCAUGGAAAUGAUGGGCACUACAGGUUCUGACACUAGUGGAUUUUAUUAUCAUCAUCAGGGGUUUAAUGGUGGUAGAGAAAACACUGACAUUGAAGGAUUGAAUACCAGAGAUUUCUUGAGCCUUACAGCUAGCUUUUCCUCUUCAAAGGGAUUUUCUCAGAAUUCUGCCUGCUGGCCACCUUGAUCAGAUCAGAUUAGAUGGAUAUAUAUAUCAUAUAUAGCAACAUGCAUGCGCCCUCUUUCUUCUCCCUAGCCGUUCAUUAUGAUGUAAAUGGAACAACAAACUAGCUAGCAUUGGAAAAACCUUUUUAAUAGCUAGAGUUUAAUAGCAGCUCGACUUUGAAUUAAUCGGACCAAAUGUAAAUAAUGUUCUUGCUAGCUAGUUUUCUCUGGAA